GGGAAGGUUAUUUUCGCUUUAGCUUUUCGAAGGGCAGUGCUGUAGUAGCAAGAAUGUCUGGACGUGGCAAAGGAGGAAAAGGCCUGGGGAAAGGAGGUGCAAAGAGGCACCGCAAAGUGCUUCGUGAUAACAUCCAGGGCAUUACCAAGCCUGCGAUCCGCCGUCUUGCGCGCCGUGGAGGAGUGAAGCGCAUUUCUGGUCUCAUCUACGAGGAAACCCGCGGAGUGCUCAAAGUCUUCCUGGAAAACGUCAUCCGUGAUGCCGUGACUUACACCGAGCACGCCAAGAGGAAGACUGUGACCGCCAUGGACGUGGUGUAUGCCUUGAAGCGCCAGGGCCGGACUCUGUAUGGGUUCGGUGGUUGAGCAGCUCUUCAACUUCUAAUCGUACAAACAAAGGUCCUUUUAAGGACCACC